CCCCCGGCCCCGGCGGAGGCGGCGGGCGGCGGCGGGCGGGGGGACGGCGGCGCCGAGCAGUUCUCCGAGAAAAAGGCGCUGCGGAGCAAAAAGAGCCCCCCCGCCCCGGGAAAGGCGCCGGGAAGCAGAAAAGGUACAGCGGUGCCGGUAGAGUGCCCCACAUGUCAUAAAACCUUCCUCAGCAAAUAUUACCUUAAAGUGCACAACAGGAAACAUACUGGAGAGAAGCCAUUUGAGUGUUCCAAGUGUGGCAAAUGUUACUUUAGGAAAGAGAAUCUCAUGGAACAUGAAGCCAGGAACUGCAUGAACCGAUCAGAACAGGUGUUCACGUGCUCAGCGUGCCCCGAGGUGUUCAAGCGGCGGAUGGAGCUGCGGCUGCACAUGGUGUCACACACCGGGGAAAUGCCAUACAAGUGCUCCUCGUGCUCGCAGCAGUUCAUGCAGAAGAAGGAUCUGCAGAGCCACAUGAUAAAGCUGCAUGGUGCACCCAAGCCCCACGCGUGCUCAACCUGCUCCAAGUGCUUUCUGUCCCGGACAGAGCUGCGCCUGCACGAGGCCUUCAAGCACCGUGGAGAGAAGCUGUUUGUGUGUGAGGAGUGUGGGCACAGGGCCUCGAGCCGCAAUGGCCUGCAGAUGCACAUCAAGGCCAAGCACAGAAAUGAGCGGCCCUACGUGUGUGAGUUCUGCCACCACGCCUUCACGCAGAAAGCCAACCUCAACAUGCACCUGCGCACACACACCGGCGAGAAGCCCUUCCAGUGCCACCUCUGCGGCAAGACCUUCCGGACACAAGCGAGCCUGGACAAGCACAACCGGACGCACACAGGCGAGCGGCCGUUCAGCUGUGAGUUUUGUGAGCAGCGUUUCACCGAGAAGGGGCCGCUGCUGAGACACAUCGCCAGCCGGCACCAGGAGGGGCGGCCCCACUUCUGCCACAUCUGCGGGAAGACGUUCAAAGCAGUGGAACAGCUGCGCGUCCAUAUCCGCCGGCACAAGGGCGUGAGGAAGUUUGAGUGCACUGAGUGUGGCUACAAGUUCACGCGGCAGGCUCACCUGAGGCGCCACAUGGAGAUCCACGACCGCGUGGAGAACUACAACCCCCGGCAGCGGAAGCUGAGGAACCUGAUCAUCGAGGACGAGAAGGAUGUGAUGGUGGUGCUGCAGCCGCCACCAGAGCUGGAGGUGGGCUCGGCCGAGGUGAUUGUGGAGUCACUGGCCCACAGGCCGCUGCCCGAGGAGGUUCCUGCGCAGAGACUGUGCUCAGAUGAGAACUUCUCCACGGCGGACGUGAUUGAGCAAUCUCUGAUUAUAACGACAACGAUUCCUGAAGACUGUGAGACGUAGUGCAGCCACCCUACCACCGAAACACAGUAAAGUGUUGGGCUGAGCCAGUCUCUGCCA